CAUAGACACUAUCUAUAGUUUAUCUGCUAGACACGUCGCGGCCACGAGUCUUUUCAAAAACAAAUGUGCACCGUUUUAAGAAUGAUACAAUAUAGGUUCGUAAUUAUAUUGUAUCGACGCACGACUGUACCUGUUCAUCAUGCGAUUAUGUAUGUAUUUUAUUGUUUUAUAAUACUGUAUAUUAUUAUGUAAGUUUGUUGAAAGACAACGGAAAUCCUCGAGUACCUACUUGUUUCGCUAAACAACAGUAAUGCAAAGAUACAACAAUCUAAUCUAAAAUCCUUUUUUUCAAACUACAAGUGCGUUUCACGAAACCAGCGACUCCGCAGUGACGCUUCCGGUGAUGGAAUUUCGGUGUUCCGCGGUUUCUCAAACUUGCACACGAUACGCGGCAAUUUGGAAUACUGCACGGUUUUUUGAAAAAUAUAAAUAAAAAUAAUUAUUUUAUUUAUUUUAUAGUAUAUAUGGUAGUUGUAAAAUGUUUGGCAGUGGAAGGUGAAAUUCAUAUCAACAGGGCCAGCUGUUCGAUGGUUGAUUACCGCGGCUUUUUAGUCACACGUUUAGGAAACCCUCACGAAAAUCUGCCAUCGGAAGCGCCACUACGGAGUCGCUAGUUUCUUGUAGUAAUUUUUACCAUUUAUUAAUUUUCUAACAAGUGUUUAGUAUACAAUAGUUUUUGAUAAGUCAGCUGUGUGAUAUCCGUAUUGCAGGUGUCGGUGGAGGUGCUGCAUAGUUACCAUAGAGUAUUACUCACAAUAGCAUGAAUGGAUAAUAUUUCUAUUUGUAAAAUCGGUAAACAAUUUGUAUUUGAUCAGUAUUUUCAUUCGUUUGUCGACCGUCGUUUAUACGUUUAUAAAGGUUUAGCAUAUUUAUAAUUCGUAAUGAAGUGUUAAUUUCAAAAUCGAAUUAGUUUUUCUGUUAAUAAUGAUAAAAAGAAUUAAAAAUGUUAAACUAAAACGUAUCUCGAAAUUUGUAUUGUGUAUUAUAGGAUUGAUAUUUUUUUGUGAAUACGCUAUAUAUUACAUUGUUUUAAUUCAAGUAAGAAAACAGUACCUAGUUACACUUUUCAUCAUUAAAAAUUCAAAACCUUGGUACUUAUUAAGUUUUUGUUAGUCCCGUUAUUAGACUGCAAAUUAUGAUGUGGAUAUAAUUCCGAAUACAGUGGCAGACCUAGGGGGGCACGUGGCCCCUUGUCAAUGGACUAGCAUUUAUUUAUAUAUUGCAUAUAUAGUUUGUAAUUAACUUACUAAAAAUAUAAAUAAUGUGCCCCUUUUAAAAAAUAUCUGGAUACGCCACUGCAAACAUAUAAUAUUCGUUUCUAAAUCUUGUAAAAUAAUAGUACUUAAGUAUAAAUUCUCUGAGAAAAUUUUUAUUUUGUUUAAUCAAUAUUUGUCAUUAAUUUCAAUACAAUAUUUGAACCAUCAUAAAAUCAAUGUUUCAUGUUCUAUGGGGAUUCAUGUUUUUAUUGAGAUGCUCACAACAACUUACAAUUUUCCGUUUAGCUUAAAAUAUUAAAUAUUUUUAAUGAAUUCGGUUUUUAAUACAUAGUUAUUGUGUAGCAAAAAGACAUCAGGCUGGUUGGUAUACCUAUAUUUAGACACUACUUAUGUGCCAUUUGGAAAAUGAAGUCUUUGAUUUACAGUUUAUUAUACAAAAAACAAUAGAGACAUAAAAAUAAUUUUGAAUAUCUACCUUGGUAUGCAUGAGAAUCUAUUACUAAAUAGCUUGUAGACACUCCCUGUCUGGCGUAAUAUCUAUUUUAUCUGUUUUAAAUGUCAUAGGUAUUAUAGUAAUACUUUUAUCGCUUUUCAGAAGUAGGCUAUUGAUAUUAAUAUUAUAAGCUGUCAAGCUCUAGAAAUUAAUAAGCUAUUGUAACACACGUUGUUAAUUAAACAAUGAUAAAAAUACCUAUGCAAAAAUUGAUUUCAUAUUGAGGUAAAAAUAUUAUAUUGUGUUAGAGAAAAUUUAUGAAGUUUUUAAUUAAAACUUAAUUUCAACUUUAAUUCAAAAACUUGAAAACUGGUUCACAGUCAGAAAAAAUAACAUCAGUUCCGGUAAAAUAUUAUGUCAAAUAAAAUGUUUUUUAAAUUAUUGUUUUAGUUUUUUUAAAAAUUUUUGUAACUAGGUUUAUUCUCUAUUUGGAAACUUAAGAUAUUAUGCUGCAGAGGGGAAAGGGUUGCUUUUAUUUCUGACAAAAAACUAUAACUUGAAAAUCCAAGAACUACAAAAUAUUAACAAUAUAAUAUAAAAAUUGAUUUAAGAUAAAAUAAAUAGCUAAUUAUUAACUUUGGCAAAAAUAUUUGAUAUUUUUCAUCGCUAGUCCAAAAUUAAUGAAAUUGUUUUGAUUUUUUAAUUUUAGUGUGAUUGGCCUUCAGAUAGCAAUAUGACACCAGAACAGCCGAUUAAAGUAAUGUUUGUAGCAGACACACAUUUACUUGGUACAAGAAAAGGACAUUGGCUUGAUAAAAUGCGACGGUAAAUAAAUUUCUUUAUUUUCUAAAAAAAAAAUAACAGUUUUUAAAGAUUGAAUUUAAAAAGGGGUAUAAAAUUCUGAUUCAAAAAAAAAUGUAUAUAUUUUUAUUUUUUGGUGCUUAAUGUUUACAUUUACCUACACAUUUCACUUACAUGUUAGUUUUCAAAUUUCUAAACAAAUUUUAAUUGGAAAAAAAAUGACUAAAAGUUAUUAUUUCUUUAUGAACCAAUCAAAUUAAUCUUUAUAUUUACUUUUAACAAUGUUUCAGGGAAUGGGAAAUGAGACAAUCCUUUCAAACUGCUUUAAAUAUACAUGCACCAGAACUUGUUUUUGUUUUAGGUAAAUUUUAUUUUGAUAGUUUUUAAAAAUUUAAUUGUAUUUGUAUAGAAUACUAAUCAGUUAGUUUUAAAAUUUUUAUUAGGUGAUUUAUUCGAUGAAGGAUUAUGGAGUAGUGACUUAGAUUUUAAUUCAUAUGUUAAAACAUUUAAAUAUUUAUUUUCUGUACCUCAUACAACAAAAUUAUACACUGUUGUUGGUAACCAUGAUAUUGGAUUUCACUAUAGGUACUCUAUUCAAUUAAGUAAAUGCAUUUGAUAUAUUUUGAUAUUCAUAAACUGAUUUUAUUUUCUAGUAUAGUUCCACAACUUGAAAAAAGAUUUAAUAAAGCGUUCAAUACUAGUCCUGUAGAAUUAAUAAGUAAACGUAAUGUACAUUUUGUAUUAAUAAAUAGUAUGGCUAUGGAAAUGGAUGGAUGUUUUUUAUGUUAUAGUGCUGAAUUAAAACUAAAAAAAAUUGCCAGUAAGUUGAGGAAUAAGAAUUGUAUGUAUUUAAUUUAUUUAAAUAAUUUGAUUUUUCUCUACUAUGUAUUAGAUCUGUUAAAAUGUAGUGAAAAGAGCAUUGCAUGUUCAAAGGAAUCUAUGUUAAAUGGAACUUAUAGUAAACCUAUCUUAUUACAGGUGAAUAUAAUAAAUAAUUUAAAUUCUAACUAACAAAUAUUUAAACACCCUUAUAUUUUUUAAAUUCUGAGUGAAGCAAAGAAGCUAUGGUUUUACAACAAUGUUUAUCAUUAUUUUUUUUUUUGUGCGCAACUUUUCUACCGCAAAUCUUGCUCCGAUUUUUAAGUGUAGUACAAUUUCUCAAAGGAAAUCAGUGUGGAAUACUUUAAAGAAGUCAUUUGUUGAUUUUUCCAGAAUUGUUAUCAAAAAAUGGAGAAAAAGGGAAAAAUUUAAGAAAUAUAGGUAUUAGUUAAAAAAUAUCACAGCCUUUUUUAAUUUUCCAAAGAAUAUUUCCAUUAAAUAUGAAAAACAUUGGGAAAAUUGGUACAAUUUAAACAAAUAAUUUUAUAGAAAAUAUAGAAUGCCUAUUUAAUUAUUUUACUAUGACAUAUAUAUAUUAUUAACAAAGUAUUACUAUCAAGAAUCACUGCUCAGAAUCAGUUUUUGGUUAGCAAUGGUUUAUCGUUGCUUACAGGUACACAUUAAAUUAUCUAUACCAGUGGCUGCACCUGUCUCCAUUAUCCUAAGACAGCUAUUUUUAUAAAUUAAAAUAGUUAGGUUUUAUAUAAAUAUUUUUAAUUUAAUUACUUUCCCAUUAGAUAAUUAACUGUUUUUGAGCAAUUUUAGGGUUAUUAUAUUAUUAGUUGAUUUUUUUAAAAAAUAGAAUUAUUUUAGAAUAAAAAAUUAUAAUUGUUAUAUUUACUUUGCCACUUAGGUAAUCAAUUUCACUAUAUUUAUUAUAUGACAUAAAUGUUUUUCAUUACAGCAUUUUCCUCUGUACAGAAAAAAUGAUAUUGAUUGCAAUGUAGUUGAUUCAGCGCCAAUGAAAGAAAAAAAAAAACCUUUUCGAGAAGGUUGGGAUUGUCUCCGGAAAGAUGCAACAGACAAGGUACCUUAAUACUAAAUGUUUAUAAUAUGAAUUUAUAUUUAUGUUUGCACUUUAUACACUGAUAAAUGUUAAACAAAUUUCCCACUCAAGGAGGAGGAAGUAAGAUAUUCAGUGUCACCCAUAAUUACUAAAAAAAAACAUGAAAAUCUCGAUUUGUAGCCCAGUUGGAUAUGUUGGAGAUUGUUUAAUAGAAGUCCAAACUUUUGGUAUUAUUGUUUUUCAAAAAAUAAUUUGGGAGAAAAAUUGCAGUUAAUUUUUUUCUUAUUUUCUAAAUGUUCUAAAAAUCAUGUUUCUAUGAUCAUGACCGGUACUAUCUGAUUGAAAUACACGCUGCUAAACAAACUGGUUGCAAAAGCCGUAUGUCUCUUUUGAAAUAGGGCAUAGUCUGCUUUUUAUUAGUGUAUUUUUUCAAAAUUUGGGGUCAUAAAGAAUAAACUAAAAAGAUCAGAAGCCAAAUUUCAUGAAAUGCAUUCAUUUUUAGGUACUUUUUAUUUAGAUUUUUUUAAAUUAUGUUAUACAAUAUACCUUUUUGUUUUGACCACUAAAUGCACCUUAUAAUGAACCUCAUGGUAAAUUUUCAUGCAUUCCGUUUGGUCAAACAGUUAUAUCCACAUAGUUCCUACCAAAUAAAUUGUACCAGAUAUAGAAAAGACAAUUAUUUUUUCUGUUAGAAUUGCAAGUCUAUGAAUAUUUUUUACUGAAUCGCUAAAAUAAAAUGAACUUUGAAAUUGAAAAUAAUAAAACAAUUAUUUUCAUAAAUUUCACUUUUUUAACUUUCUUGGUUUUCCUCAAUUAUUAAAAAACUAAUUUAAAAAACCAAAAAAUAUUGAAAUAUGCAAAAAUAUGCACUUAAAAAAGUUUCAUUUUUUAAAUUUUUAUUUCAUGAAAUACUUUUGUGCUUACUUAGCAUGUUUUAUAAUCAGCCAGAAUAAAUAUGCAAAUGCAUACAAAUUCGCACUCUGAUCAGUACAUAGUCUAUAGUUUUUUAGUAAAAAAAUAAAAUAAAAUAACAUGGAAACAUAAAUACAUUGUAUGUAUUUACAUCAGUAUUACAUAAUAUAAAAUUAUAUUACAAUAAUUUUGUUUUAAUUACAGUUAUUGAAAAUGAUAAAACCUCGUCUGGUUUUUGGUGGUCAUACUCAUCAUGGAUGUCAUAUAAAGCAUACAAAUGGAAUAGAUGAAUUUAGUGUAUCUUCAUUUAGUUGGAGAAAUAAAUAUAAUCCCAAUUAUUUGCUUGUAAGUUUAAUGUAAACCACCUAUUAACAGUUAUAUUUUAUUUUUUCAUUUACAAUACUUUGCAAGGAAUAAUAGCAAAUAUUUAUUUUCAGGCAACAUUUACUACGGAUAGUUAUGCUGUUCAAAUUUGUCACAUGCCUUUUGAAUAUACAAUUGUAAUGAUUUACUUAACAUCAAUUAUAUUUUUAUUUUUUAAAAUGUUGAAAUGAAAAUACAAACUCUAUCAGUACUUAGAUAAUGCCAAGUUUUAUAAAUAAUAAAUAUCAAUAUGCACUUUAUCUAAAAAAAAUCAUUAAAAUACUAAUGUAUAAGUUUCACACUAUGUUCUUUUCAUAUAAUGGUUGUUCAGCAAUUAGUCGGCUAAACCCAAGUCUAGUAAGGUCUAUAGAAUUAUAUCCACUUUCAGUAAUCAUUUCCAUCAUAGCUCGACCAAUAGCAGGUGCUUGUUGUAUGCCUAAUAUAUAUACAUAAUAUAAUUUAUAUUUCCUUUUUAGUUAAUCCUAUAAGUUGUUUUAAAAAUAUAAUACAGAAUGAUCCAUACAGUAAUUUUCUAAGAGGAAAAGGUGAAUUUAAUUUUUAUUUGUUAUUAUUUUUAUUUUAAUUAUUAUAGUCAUUUAAGCAUAUGUUCUAUAACAUUUAUUUUACCCAAACUCAAUAUCAAUUAUGCAUUAAAUGUAUUAAACAAUUCUAUAAUGACAAAUAUUAAUUAAUAUCACUUAAAAUCCUCUGAGAAAAUUACUAGAUUAUGGAUAAAUGUAUCACCAUAUAUACUUACCAUGUCCACUAAAACCAGUAGCAAAGAAUAAAUUAAAAUAACUCGGAUGAGGUCCUACAAUAGCAUUUUGAUCAUACCAAUUAUAAUCAUAAUAUCCAGCCCAACUACUUUUUACCUGUAAAAUAAUAAUUAG